GUGCGAGGCACCGCUCCGCAGACACCGGACGCGUCGGUCCAGCGCUGGUACCCGCUCGCAUGCCCAGGCGCCGGUUCUGCCCCGGUCUGGAUCUUCCGCCUCAAGCUCGUUCUCAGUGAGGAACAGCCGCAACUGAAUGCCUCGGAUGACAGAGGGAUCGAUAUAGUCCGAGGGCCCAUCCUGAGCUUCGCCAGCACCAGGACCAUCUUUAAGAAAGGCUUCAAGCUGGUGAUCCUGGAUGAAGCAGAUGCCAUGACACAGGAUGCCCAGAAUGCCCUAAGGCGAGUGAUCGAGAAGUUCACCGAGAACACCCGGUUUUGCCUCAUCUGCAACUACCUCUCCAAGAUCAUCCCUGCCCUGCAGUCCCGCUGCACGCGCUUCCGGUUCGGGCCCCUCACCCCGGAGCUCAUGGUGCCCCGGCUGCAGCACGUCAUCGAGGAGGAGAGGGUGGAUGUGACGGAAGAUGGGAUGAAAGCUUUGGUGACCCUCUCGAGCGGCGAUAUGCGCAGAGCCCUGAAUAUCUUACAGAGCACCGCCAUGGCCUUCGGGAGGGUGACGGAGGAGAACGUUUACACCUGCACCGGCCACCCCCUCAAGUCUGACAUUGCCAACAUCCUUGACUGGAUGCUGAACCAGGACUUUUCCGCUGCCUAUCGGAAAAUCACGGAGCUGAAGACGCUGAAGGGCUUGGCCCUGCACGACAUCCUCACCGAGAUUCACCUGUUUGUGCACCGAGUCGAUUUCCCACCUUCGGUCCGUAUCCAGCUGCUGACCAAAAUGGCAGACAUCGAGUAAGCGUCCACUCGACCCCCCCGC